AUGAAUGGAACUUUGACUAUUACAUUCAUUGAAUAUAAUUAUUUAUUUAAUUAUACCCAAUUUAUUAAUUCACCAUUAAAGAUACUUUCAUUUAGUUUAUUAAUUUUGAUUAAUUUUAGUAUUUUUGCAUCUAACUUAUUUAUGAUUAUUAUAUUAUUAUUAACUAAAAAUAAACGUUUUGAUGCAACACGUAAAUUACUUAUUAAUUUAUCUAUCAUUGAUAUGAAUUUUGCUUUAUAUAUAAUGCCUAUAUCUAUUAUGUAUGUAAUAUUAAAAAUGUAUUGGAUAUCUUAUUACAUAAUCAUUUAUUAUAUAUGGAUUAUAUUUGAUAUUUAUUUUUGUACAACAAUUAUGUUAAAUUUAGUUAUUAUAGCAUUUGAUAAAAUGUUAGCUAUUAAUUAUGCUGUUAAAUAUAAUCAAAUUAUGUCACCAAUACGUGUACGUUUAUUAAUAUUACUUAUAUGGUUAUUAGGAUUAUUGAUUAUAUUACCAUUAAUUUUUUAUAUUAUAUGGUAUCAAUUACAAUUAAAAUCAUCUAAUGAUUUGAAUUUAAUUUAUACCAAUAUUGAUAUUACUAAUUCAUUACAUAAUCAUAAUAAUAAUAAUAAUAAUGAUAAUAGUAAUGACUGUACACAAUAUAAAUGUAAUUCAAUUCAUGUAAGUAUAUAUAUACGUUUGUUUAUUACAAUAUGUUCAAUGUAUAUACCAACAGGUUUAAUGUGUUAUUUUUAUUUUCAUGUAUUCUCUAAAGUAAUAAUUAAUAAACGUGGUAUAUCUAUUGGUUUAUUAAUUGAUAAUGAUAAUAAUUAUCAUAGACAAUUAAAGAAAAAACAAACAUCUUUUAAUAAUGAUGAUAUAAACAAAGGGGAUUACGAUAAGAUUCUUGAUAAUAUUGAUGAUGAUAAUAAUAAUGAUUAUAAUAUUAAAGGGGUUAAAUCGAAAAAGGAUAAAAUGCUUAAAGAUAAGAAUACAAUAAAUCAAUCAAAACAUGGUUUAUUAAGAGUACAUGUUGGAGGAAAACAAUUACUAUGCAAUAAUAAUAAUACAUUUAAAAACCAUAAAUACAACAGUACUACAAAUAUUAACCAUAUUCAUAAUAAUAAUAAUAAUAAUUCACAACCUGUAAAGCUAAUUAAUGAUGAGAAAAAGGAUAUUGAUGAUUCAACCAUGAUAAUCAAUAGAUUACUAAUUGAUUCAAGUAUAAAAAAACAAGAUGAUCUAUAUGAUCAACCACGAUCAACAUCAUCAUCAUCAUUGAGACAUCAACAGCAACAUUUAUCAAUGACAAGGGAAUUUAUACCAUCAAAUGAUUAUACUUCAUCUAAUCAAAAAUCUUAUUAUCCAAAUUCAAUAAAUUUUAUUAAAACUACUGAUAACCUAAAAAACAAUAAUAAUAAUAAUAAUGAGAUUGUAAUGAAAAAACACUCAAAUUCAUUAUCUGAAGUAUUCUUAAAAGUAAACAGGAAUAAAUUAAAUGAUAGUAAUAAUAAUAAUAAUAAUAAUAAGCAAACGAUUAAUCAACAACCUGAUACUUCACAACAACAGAAUAAUUUAAAAGAUAAACUUGCAAAUAUAUUACGUAAACAUUCAUUUCAUACAUUAUCUCCAUAUACUUAUAUUAAAACAUCAGAAUUAACUCAAUCAAGACGUUCUACUGGUAGAACUGAUAAAGAUACUAAAUUUAAUGAUAUUAUCACAUUAAGACGAUGUGCUCUGAUGCCAUUAAAUAAUCAUACAGCAUGUUCAUCAAUAAGUAAUGAAUAUAUGAAUUCUGGUAGAAAUUCAGAAAAUUUAUCAAAUCUUUCUGCAACAUUUAUAACACCAAGAAAUAGUAAUCAAUUAGAUCGAUCAAUUAAUAUAACACAAGAUCAACUAUGCUACUCAUCAACAAAUUAUAAUGGGAAUCAUAAACUAAAACGUUCUAUUGAAUUUAAAGCAAUCUCUAUGUUUCUAUUUAAUAUUAGUUCAAUUCUAUUAUGUUGGUUACCAUAUUAUACAUUAUUCUUAUUUACUGAUCAUUUACCUAAUUUAUGUCUUACAUUUACUGUAUAUGAAUUUUUUUAUUGGUUAAGAUUUUUAUGUAUAGUAUUUAAUCCAUUAAUAUAUGGUUCUGCAUCAGAAGAUUUACGUAAAGCUUUUAAACGUUUUAUAUUACAUUGUGGUAAAGUAAAACAUGAAAAAAAAGCAUUAAAACGUUUAGUAUUAGCUGGUCUUGGUGCAGCUGGUAUACCAUAUGGACAUAGAAUAAUAAUACCACAACAAAUGAAAUCAUCCGAUUAUAAUCAACAACAACAACAACAACAACAAAAUAGAUCAGUUAUAUUUAAUAAACCAUUAAUGAUAAUAGCUGAUAUUGAUGAUAAGACUUGACUAUUUAGUACCAUUUGUAUUAUAUACAUUCAAAGUUUUCUUAUGUUUUUUUUUUCAUCUGUGAUUUUGAAUUUUGUAUUAUAAUAUUAUUGUAAAUGAUUGAAUAUAUGUGUUCACCAUUUCACCAUUUAUUGUUCAAUAAUGAACCAUAAAGGGAUAUUUCUUAAUGUGAGUAAAUACAUGUUUACUAAUCAAUGUCAUUCUAAUAUGUUUCAUGUUGUAAAAAGAGAUAAAAACAAGCGCUAAUUACUUUUUUCUUUUUUCUUUUUUCGUUGUUUUUGUUGUUGUUGUUAUUAUUUAAAUGGAUUCUUAUAUGUUUAAAUUAUUGAAUGAACAAAUGAAUGUAUAGUAAUGAUAUAUAUAUAUAUAUAUAUAUGUUUAAUGAUUUGUCUAUUUUUAUUGUCAUAAGGGGUUUUGUGGAGAUUUAG